GUCAGAAUGCCCACUAACCUUUGAUAUACCAGCUUCCUGCACCCUGCCCUAAGCCUCUUCUCCUUUCUGUUAGAACCCCACAGUGGCAAAGGCCUUCAAGUAUUAGGAAAGGUUCCCCCAGAUAGUAGACAGUCCUUUGAUCAGAUUGUCAAAGGGCUUAGUUUGUUCUUCCUGGAUCCCACAGUCUCUUCAUGUCUCUGAUCCUCUUUAAACUGAAAAGAUCUUUUAAAAUAUAUAUGCAUGGUAGAAAAUACAGUUAAUAAAAAGGACAAUAGAAAACAUCUCAUUGCUCACAAAUAACCACUGGCUCAUCUCUCUCUCUUUACCCCAGGAAAAAAUAAGUGUAAGAAACAGCUUAAUUGUUCAGGGAGCAGGGGUGGUUACGAAGUUAUUACAGUUUUCGGGCACUUAGAUGGCUCAGUCGGUUAAGCAUCUGACUUUGGCUCAGGUCAUGAUCUCACAGUUUGAGUUGGAGCCCUACAUCAGGCUGUGUGCUGACAGCAUAGAGCCUGGAGCCUGUUUCAGAUUCUGUCUCCCUCCCUCCCUCUCUCUCUUUCUCUCUCUGCCCUUUCAUUGCUUGUAUUCUCUGUCAAAAAUAAAUAAAACUUAAAAAAAAGUUAUUACAGUUUGAAUUGCUCAAAAGUCCAUUGAAUUGCUCAAAAGUCUCAACUAUCCUUUGUUACUGUAUUUCAAAUACAAUUAAAGCUGUCAUCAAUGAGUAAACGCUCAAGAAAUAGCGUUUUUAAAAAAUGAAAUGUAUGAAACACAGGAGUUUAAUAAACCACAAAACAACAAUAUAAGCGGUGAGUAUUGCCAUCCGUGAGCACAAGCCCUUUGAACCUUAAGAAUGAGGUAACAGAUAUACGGUGAGACCUGGGAGAAGGCGAUAAAAGGACAGCAUAGAAAGUGCCAGAAAGACCCGAGGGACCAGAAAUACGGGAGUGAGAGGAGAUCAGAUGCCUCCAAUGCUUCCAGACAAGAAGGACACAGCAAGGUUGCUGGGAGGAUGGCCUCUUUAUCCUCAGGGGAGGCCAGAGGUGUGGCUGGAAACCGGAGGCAUAGUAGGAGAGCCUCUGAGCCGAAAGGAGAGGCAAAGGGCGGGAUCACUCCAUUUCCAGGGUGGUGUAAUGAGAGGUGGGAAACGGGUGCCUGCUCCGCCCUCAUGAUCCAGAAAAGUAUUUGAGUGUCCAACCAAUUCGGACGAAGGAAACGGGGCUAGAAGGGCCAGAGAAGGGGGAGAGGGCCAUAGCAGGGGGCGCGUCCCUGGGUCCAGUUCAGAGCGAACCUCCGAGCAUCCAGCGGGCCCACGUGAGGCCGGCCCAUGUGGCCUCGGGGGAAACGGGGAGGAAGCCGCCGCUGACCGACACGGCAGGUGGGACAGAGCCCAGGACUGGCAUCAGCGAGCUUCCACGGUGCACCCCCAACGUCUGCAGCCCAGCCAACGCGCAGGGAGGUGAGGUCUGUGCGCUGAAGGCGGGACACACUAGCGCACGGGGGCGGGGCUGCCGAGGGGCGUGGCCGCUCGCGCCAGCGGCACACCAGCUCUGCCAUUGGCCAGGCUCCUGCGAGGAAGCCCCAGAAACCCCGUCCUCACUGGCUAGUCCCUGCCCCAGUCACCCUGGAGACCCCAGCGCCCUGAGGCCCCCUGGCUGCCGUUGGAAGGCGUUGGCCACGUUCCUCCUGGCUUCCUGCCGUUGGGUUGGGUUCGCUGCCUGAGGAUCACGUGUUGCUCCUGCAGGCCCACGGGGAGGCUCAGCGGAGUUGCAAAGCCCCAAACCUGAACUGUUGCCAAGACCUUGAACCAUAUAUUCUUGUGGUGACAGUGGCCUUAGGGGAAAAAAUUCUCUCUCCGGGGUGACUAGGUCAGAGCGGCGCAAGCCUUCUUAAAUAAUGCAACUGACCUAUGUGGUGGCCUUUGGAGGGACCACGGGUAACUUUCAAAACCUGUCAUGGGAAGGGGGUGGAUUACAGAAUGGAUGUUAAAUUGGGUGACAUUUGUAGUUACACCCAUAAAUACUGAGUUCGAGCUGCCAACUAGGCAGAUAACUUCUCUUUAGGUCAGGCUGAGGAUUUUUAGCCAGCUUCUCUGCAAGAGGGAAGCAGACAUGUUUCCUGCUCUUUUGAGUGAUGUCUGUGAGACACUAGUAGUCGUUUUAGUAAAGCCUGCAGCCAAGUCACCGACUCAGCCUCACCACCCAGCUCACAGAUUCCUGUCACCACCAGAGAAGCCUAGGGGUUACUACCAUCCAGGACAUAACCUGUUUUCCUUCUGUUCCUUUCUUUUCCCUAUCAAAACCCUCUCAUUCAUCUCUUAUGGUAAAACCACGUACCCCUCACUGCCCACCGCUUCUCACUAGAUAGGGGGAAAACUAACAAAAUUACUUUUAAAUCAUUUUGAUGUCAUUGGAGAAGUCACUUAACAGUUAGGUGUGCUGUUAGGUUCAAAGGAUUAAACAGAGGAUUAUUGCCCUAAGUGAGUUCCCUCCCUAAUGCAGACAUUCUGACUGGUAAGGUUAAGUAGGGUGUGUGAGCUGCAUAGGGCUCCAAUAUUUGUCUGUUAAUACGGCAAAUAUUUUUGGUGGUCCUGAUUUGGAACCCUGAGAUAUCAGGUUGAAUCUAGAUGUGGGCUCCCCAGAGUUGCUGGGCAUUGUGGGAUGGGAGGGGGGGGUUGUUUCUUGAAGCCAGAACCUCUGUAAUGAAAUAGAUACCAACUGGGGUGGUAAGAAAGGCGGGGGAACUCUUAAACCCUACUUUAAAAUAGGCUAAACCUAUAUGUGAAUGUUCACAUUCAUGGUAGUGGUAACUAGAGAAGACUUAACGCAGUCCUCAGCGACCCAGAGGAAAAGAAGGCGUGACAUCAUUGGAUAGUCACUUCUGAUCUCAGGGACACAUGUGGACUCAGAAGAAAAUCACUUCUUCCUUUCUCCUCAAUUAGCACCCUGUCUCUGUAAGGGGCCUGGAAAAUAGAGAUGAUAUUGAAGGCCGCUAGCAUUUUCCACCACCACAAGUUCUCCCUGGGCAGGGCGACCAGGCGUCCUCUCUUCACCUGCAACCUUUUCCAGGCCUGUGUAAGGGGCUCCAUGCACGCAGAGUGGAUGCAGGUCCCAAGACUGACCGGAGGGUCACACGCAAGCACCCACUGCAGGGGCCCCAGCGGCGGCGGGCAGGGGUGACUUGGAAGGCGGGCUGUCCCCUGGCUCCAGGGGUUGGGCUCUAGGCCGGCUGGGCGGGACUCAGGCUGCCAGUAUAAGACAGGAGCGCCACUGUCCUGGCCAGAGUGCUGAAGCUGGCGCCCCAGCCAGGACCGCGAGGCAGCCGGCCCUGAACUUGCAACUCUUGACCCACAGUGACUGAAGAAGAAGGAAAGGUCUGAUUUCGAUUACUUCGUUUAUUUAGUACCAAUGAAUGGAAGGCGGGCAGGUUUGUGGGUGGAGGAGAGCUCGGCUUGGAUUGGCCAGGGGUCGCAGGCCCGUUGGUACCCCUCGGGGGGCCCCCGGUAGCGGACUACACUCAGCAGCUUCUCUCUCGCGCAGGAGGGCCUCCUGCCACCACUCUCAGCCUCAGCCUCGGAGGAUGCGGCUCCUCGGGAGACUCCGCGCCUCCACUCCGGAGCCCGCUUUCUCCAACGUGCUCACUCCGGACCGCAUCCCCGAGUUCUGCAUCCCGCCGCGGCUGCCCGCGUCCUGCGCGCCCGAGUCUCCGCCUGCGGCCGCCGCUCUGCCCCGGCGCUGCGCAGCCGAGCCGGACCUGUGGCCCAGAGGAGCCGACGACAGCGCGGGGCACACGGACUGGGACCCGCGCUCGCAGGCAGCCCUGUCGCUGCCGCACCUGCCCCGCGCGCUCACCGCCUACGGCUUCUGCACGCUGCUCGAGAGCCCGCACACCCGCCGCAAGGAGUCUCUCUUCCUCGGGGGCCCUGCAGCCGCCCCGCUCGUGCCCCGGGCCUCGGCUCCGGCCUCCGCUCCCGCGCUCCCCGCGGGCCUCCGCCCCACCCCGGACACGCCCGCCCCGCCGCCCCGCGCUCGCCGCCUCCUGCGCGCCCCCGAACGGCUGCUGAGCCGCGCGCUGCGGGCCCGGACGAGCCGAGGCCUGGUCCGCGCCCCCUCCGUGUCCAGCGGGGACGGCGACGAGGACGAGGAGCGCGGCGCCGUCUCGGGGCCCCCUUCCCAGGCCCCCUCCGCGUCCCCGCCGCAGCCGCCCGGCCCCGGCCCGCGUCCCGAGCGCCUGGAGGCCGAGGGCACCGUGGCCCUGGGCCGCGCCGGGGGCGCCCUGCGCCUGGCCGCCGAGUACAGUCGGGCCAACGGGCGGCUCCGCGUCCGGCUGCUGGGCACCGAGGGCCUGGCCGCGGGAGCCGCCGAGCCCCCCGCCGUCGGCUGCCGCGUCAGCUUCGUCCUGCGGCCGCCGGGCCAGCCGCGCUCGCAGCGCAGCGCCGUGGUCCGGCGGAGCCGCAAGGCCGCCUUCCACCAGGACGUGUGCUUGGACGGGCUCUCGGAGGAGCAGGUGCGCCGCCUGGCCGUGCGCGUCAAGGCCGAGCAGCGGGGUCGCGGCCUGGAGCGGGGCCGCCCGCUGGGCCAGGGCGAGCUGCUGCUGGGCUCCCUGCUGCUGCCCUGAGGGCGCCCGGGGCUCAGACCGCCCCCUCGGGGCGCCCUCGGACCGCUGGCAACUCGGACACCGACAGCCGCUUCGGACAAAAUAAACGUUAUUUAUUCAUUUUUCAAUUUAUGUUCUUGCUUUAUUGACAUUUUAGUUCUUAGGUAUCUGUUUUUGUCACUGUUUAUUGGUAGUGAAGGAAAAAUUAAGGAUGCUUUUCUCUAUUCAUAGCUUACCGUCCUUUUUUCCCAGACCAUUUUUGCAUUCAAAGGCGAAAAGGUGAGCGUGUGGCUGGAAGGGAGAAAAAGGAACUAUACCCAAUCUGCCUUGAUUAUCCUCCUUUUUUAUGUCAAUACUAAGGGUCUCUUACUGCUUUUUCAGUUAUUCCUUCGGAAUCAUGCCCAGUGCUAAGAUUCACAGAGACUUUGACAUAUUUGAUGUGGCAUAGGUUCUUUUCGUGCACACACACAUCAGAAUCAGACAUUCUGUAGUAAGGAUAUCGUGGUGGGUAAAGAAUUUCUUUCUUAUUAAGAAAACAGGUUUCUUUUGAAAGUGAAGUCUUUAAAAAAUGCUAAGGAAACGAAAAGCAAAGGAAGUGAAGGUCUUUCAAAGGAAGGUAUUCCUGGCAUCCCCCUCUUCCUUCUCCAGUAGGAGCCCUGGGAAAUCUUGCCGCUUCAGAAAAAUCUUUUCUGCCUCUGUAAACAUACUGAUAUAUGUGUGGUAUUGUUUCCACCUAGCUCUGCAUGUAAGUGAUAGUAAUUAAUGCAUCUACAAUAGGAUUUCCUAGAUGAAUUGGAACAAACUGUCAACUUUUGGAACACUGGAUUUUAAGAGGUUUUAAAUUUCUUUUUCUUUUUCAACAAAUAGACCUGAGUCCACUGGAAACUGAUUCUAUCAAGAGGAUUUGCCCCUGACUAUAGGCAUCUAUGGUGUGAUAGAAAGCACAAUGAGGGGGUGGGGGUGGGGGAUACAGAUUCCAGUCUUUUUUCUGCCACUAGCCUGAACUAGGGCAGAUCCGUUCAUGUUCCUGGACCUCAUUUCCUACAUCAGUGAAAUGGGGAUACUAACACCUGCUUGACAGGGCUUUGUAAAAAUAUGCUUUAAUAUCGAAAUAAUCCUUAAAAACACGUGACAUGUGGCAGCAUACCUAAAAAGGCUGGAACUGUACUGGCGAACAGGUGCCCAAUAACAUUCCAGGAAAUGGACUCUUUCACUUCUGCUGCUUUCUUUCCAAUUGUUCCUCCCUGGUCGUGGAGUGGAGCCUGGCAGAAUGGCUGGCUGGCUGCCUGAGACUGAGGAUUUAGGGGAGCCAGGAGUGGGAAUAUACAACCCUUCAGGAUUCCUCUGGUAAUAAGCAAUAGUUUGGACUCAUUCUGCAUCAAAAAACCCUUCAGCACUGUUAUUGCAAUGAGGUUCUGGGUACAAAUCAUAAUAUACAUAAAAUCCUGGAUUUUAUAUUAUUUUAUUUUUACUUUUUUUUUCUAUUUCAGAGAAAGAGCACAAGUAGGGGAGAGGGGCAGAGGGAGAGAAUGAUUGAGAGAGAGAGAGAGAGAGAGAGAGAGAGAGAGAGAGAGAGGUCUUAAGUAGGCUCCACAGUCAGUGGGGACGCCUAUACGGGGUUCCAUCCCUUGACCCUGGGACAAUGGCCUGAGCCAAAAUCAAGAGUGGGACACAACCUACUGAGCCACCCAUGUGCCCCCCAAAUCCUGGAUUUUGAACAUAAUUUCAAAGUGGACAGAUUAGCCCUUAGAAAUCAUCUGAUCAAAUAACUUCUGAAAUUGAGAAAAUACCACAAAGUCGACUUGCCUGAAGUCAAAUAGCUCGUGACUGGCUCAGCUCAGAUGAGAACCAAGGUGUCCUGACUUCUCCAGAGGAUGGUGUACCCUUUGGCCUCUCAUUCAGCAAUGAUAAGUUGAGCCCUUUCUCUGUGACAGACACAAUACUAAGCCCAGGGGGUGCAGCUAUGAAGAAGGCAGAGAAGAUUCCUGUUCUCCCAGGACUCACAGUUUUAGUGGGGGUAGCCAACAAUAGCCAAGUUUGGUCAUUACAGAUUGUGGUGACUAUCAUGAAGACAGUAAACUAGGGGAGGGCGAGAGAGAAGUGUCAGAUGGGAUGCUUUCAGAGAUAGAGUAGUCAGGAAAGUUCUCCCGAAGAUUCGAGGAAGGAAAAUCCUACACAAGAGAAACCUAAUCUAUACGAAUAACCACUUAAUGUGUCCAAAGGACCCCUUAAUACAUCCAAGCCAGAAUUCUUGAUUUUCUUCUCCCAAAUCUCCUCCUCCCCUUGUCUUCCUUAUUUCAAUAAAUGGUACCACUAUUA